AUGUUAAAACAACCAAUUAAUCAAGUUCGUUUGACGAACAUCGCAGUAAUGCGAUUAAAAAAGGAUGGAAAACGGUUCGAAGUUGCUUGCUUCAAGAAUAAAAUUCUCAAUUGGCGAAUUGGGACAGAAACUGAUUUGAGCGAAGUGCUACAAACAGAAGAAAUCUUCUCCAAUGUAUCCAAAGGACAAUUUGCGAAAAUCCAAGACCUACAAAAGGCAUUUGGGACAAAAGACCGUACAGCGAUCGCUCGAAUUAUCAUGAGGGACGGUCAAUUACAAGUUUCUGAAAAAGAGCGUCAAGUAAAGAAGGAUGAUGUUUUCAAAGAUGUUUGUUCGUUAGUUUCGGAACGCGUCUUCAAUCGUGAAACAGGUUUACCGCUUCCAUUAUCAAUGAUAGAAAACACGCUAACAAGAUUGGGAUUUAGUGUAUCGAUUGAAAUCGCCCCCAAACGCCAAAGUUUGAAGGCAAUAGAAUUGUUGUGCAAUGGCCUUCCGAAACAGAUCGGAGUGAGACAAAUGUUACUGAAAUUAGUUGGGAAAACAUCUCAGAUGGAGGAAAUUCAUUAUUUACUUGAUGAGAGGGUUUUCGCGAUGAUCACAUCAGAACACCCCGUUUUUGAAAAGCGAAAAAUUCAGGAAACAGAAGCAUCGAAAGAGAAGGAGGGACUGGAUCAAUCAGAACAACCAGACAAAUCACAACAACCAGACCAACCGCAACAACCAGACCAAGCAGAACAUCUGGAUCUAUCGCACCAACUAGACAAAUCACAAGAACUAGACCAACAACCAGACCAGCCGGAACAACUGCAGCAAGAAAUCAAUAAUGCACAGUCUCAGAUAAUUAACAAAGAGGAUUACACGGUCACAUUCUACUGCAAUCCCGCUCAUUAUAGAGAUAUUGACCAUUUUGUUACAGAAGUACUCAAGCCACCCGGAAGCUUACAGAUAGUAGCUAGUCGGGAAUGCAUCACGAACGCUGUUGAGAUAUCGAACAGAGAAAGCAUAGAAGCACCGAAAGAGGAAUCAAAGCAUCCAAUCGGGGAACAAACAAAGCCGAGCAAGGAAAUUGACAAAACAGGAAGUUCAUCGAAAAUGACGAACGUCGGGGCGAUUGAAUGUCGGACUUGUUCAAAAGAGUGUGAAUCUCAAUUAAUUUACAGAAAUCACUGUAAAACUCAAUGGCAUCAACUCAAUGUCAAAAGAAAGUUCAAGGGACUGGCACCUAUCACGGAAGAGGAAUUUGUAGAAUUGUCGCUCGACGUUGCUUGCGGAUUUCUUGCUGUUGAUUAG